UAACUUUUUUGGGGUAUGUCGUUUUCGUCCCCUAUUUAGAAAUUGGCAUCUUUUUAACAAACUUUUCGUUCUGUUCAUGGAAGUUUUUUGCAUCACGUAAAAAGGUAACCCCUUUGAUUGCGGCAUUGUUUAAACCCCAUAAUUUAAUCUUACCUAUUUGUUGUAUUAUGUGAAAUUAUGAUUUGUUUUGGAUUCUAUGCUUUAUUGGGUAAUGGGAUUUUGAUAGAAAGAGACAUAAUUAAAUGAUUAGAGAAUUUGAAAAUUAGGUAGCCUAGCAUGGGUUGAAACUUGUAAGGUUAUGCAUUCAUCCUUUUCUUUCUCGUAGAAUGGUCUGCGUGUUAUUCAUAGAUGAGAUUAAGGCGUCGUCCAUACAUUCCUUCUUGUUCUUCCCUUCGUAAAGUUGAUGAGGAUGAGAUUUACCGGAAAAAGAGGAGACGUGACUGGGAAUUGGUGCAUAUUUCUACUUGCCUAAUAUCUCAGUUUUCUCAAUGUUUUACUAGUGCUAUGGUUGGAUCCCGGACAUGGUUUGGCGGAAUUCUCCAUCGCACAGGUCUUAGGCGUUUUUCAAGUGACAAGUUUUUUGACUAUGAAUUAAAUCCAAUUCAGGAGCAAAGGCUGCAAAGACUGCAAGAGAGAUGCCAUGUUUCCUUUGAUGAAACUCGCCCUGACCAUCAAGAAUCUCUAAUAGCAUUGUGGUAUGCUGCCUUUCCAAAUGUCCAUCUCAGUGGUAUGAUCUCUGAGCAGUGGAAGGAUAUGGGCUGGCAAGGCUCAAAUCCAUCAACAGACUUCAGGGGUUGUGGCUUCAUAUCAUUGGAGAAUUUGCUCUUUUUUGCUCAAACAUACACAGUAUCUUUCCGCAGGCUCCUGUUGAAGCAAGAUGGUGAGAGAGCUACGUGGGAAUACCCCUUCGCUGUGGCCGGGAUUAACUUGACAUUUAUGUUAAUUCAGAUGUUGGAUCUCUUUUCAGAAAAACCAAGAUGCAUUCUAGGAAAUAAAUUUGUGAAAAUGCUUGGAGAAGACGAAGAGGCCUUCGACAUUCUGUUCUGCAUAGCUUUCGAAAUGAUGGAUGCCCAAUGGCUUGCUAUGAACGCCUCGUACAUGCAAUUCAACGAGGUACUACAAGCAACACGAACACAAUUGGAGAGAGAAAUGUGUUUAGAGGAUGCCCAGAGAAUACAAGAUCUUCCAGCUUACAAUCUCUUGUACAAAUAGUCUUUCUUCAGUUUCUUAAUUUUUGUUGCACAAAUAUGGGGUUAUAUUCAAUGGGAAAUUGGAUUGUUUUGAGCCUAUGUUUACUUUUAUCUUUGGGUGUCAUAUAUCAGCUGGAUAUUUGCUUUUAUUAUUUUGUUAUCUAUCGAAAUUUACUGGCAACUAAUU